AUCGACGGACUGAUUCUAAACACCAGAGCACACCGAGCUAGCGUAGGUUCUAUUUAUGAAGAGCACCUGGCGGGACACACGGUACCAAACGCGGCUUCUGUGAGUUCCCAGCUCCUCCAAGCUGGGCCCUGCGUCCGCGGGUCAGACACAGGAUCCCGGGGUGAACUCAGGACCCGCACCGCUCUGGAUAGUGGGCUCCAGGCUCUGGGCAAAGGGCUGCUAGGCUGGGACUACUAUACUCCUUCAUCAUGAUGUCCCACGGUGGGUUCCAGAGCAGUAGGCAGAACUUCGAUUUUGGACCAUGGACAGUCACUGCAGCUAAGAACCACAUAAUGAAAUCCAAGGAUAUUGAACGGCUGUCAGAGGAGAUGAACAUGCCCUCACUUCCAGAGAUGCUCUUUGGGGAUAAUGUUCUACGUAUCCAGCAUGCUGAUGGAUAUGGCAUCGAGUUCAAUGCCAUCGACUCCCUGAAAAGAGUCAACAAUAUGUCGGACAGUGUCAAAGUCGCAUGUGCACAGGAGUGGCAGCAAAGCAGGGCUGACUCAGAGCACUCGAAGGAGGUGGUGCGGCCGUAUGACUGGACCUACACCACAGAUUACAAAGGCACAUUGAUCGGAGAGGAAGCACUUAUGAAGGUAACAUCCACAGACGAGCGCAUUGACCUGGAGAGGCUGAAGGUGCGAGAGCAGAUCAAGUUCUUCCAGGAGGUGCUGCUGUUUGAGGACGAACUGCACGACCAUGGAGUCUCCACCAUCAGUGUCAAAAUCAGGGUGAUGCCAACCAGCUUCUUUGUGUUGAUGCGUUUUUUCCUGCGAGUGGAUGGGGUGAUGAUCCGAGUAAACGACACGCGCUUAUAUCAUGAGGCUGGGACGAGCUUCAUGCUACGUGAGUUCAGCAUGAGGGAGAGUGGGCUGGACGAGCUGAAGAACAUCUCUGCAGCUCUCUACACAGACCCCAAUGAGGUGGCCCCUCUCCUGACCCUCAAGCUCACCCACUGCGAGAAACUGGAGUUCCCUGAGACGGGGCAGACGGGGCAGACGGGGCAGACGGGGCAGACGGGGCAGACGGGGCAGACGGGGCAGACGGGGCAGACGGGGCAGACGGGGCAGACGGGGCAGACGGGGCAAGGCCCAGAGCCACAGUGACCCAGCCUGCACUACACCUCUUAGCCUGUGGGGCAGUGCUCUAUGGGUACGCCUCAUCUCAUUUUAUGGAGUGUUAUUGUGUGUUUAAGUUUUUUUUCACUAAUGAAAAAUGGCUAAUAAAAUUAAUACAUG